AUGCCAGCCCCAACUAAUGUAGCUGGGCCAAGCACUUCUAGCCAAGGUCAGCAACACAUGGAUGAAGCUGGCUCAGGCAUUUCUGAUGAAGAAUGGGAUGACUUAUUUGAUGCAGAUAGCUCAAGCACUUCCGACGAAGAUUGGGAUGACGCUGAGUUGGAUGAUCCAAGUGUUUUCAUGCAACGCCAUCAACAAUCAAUGGAUCAACCCGGUCCAAGCACUUCCAAUCAAGACCAGCAAGAGCCAAUGGAGGAAGGCGAGUCGGGAAAUAUUCGUCCAGAAGAAGCACUAUUAGAUGAAGAAGAUCAACAUACCCUUGCUGAUCUAAAGAAAAGAGUUAAAGUCGCUGAAAGCAAACAGCGAGGAAAGUGCAGAGCGUACUUUGAUUAUGUAUCCCUUGGAUUGAAACAAAAAUCAGUGCUGGCAAAAACCAAAGUCAAGUUUGGAACAAAGCACAAUCCAAGCGUCCAAAGUCAAAUGAAACAAGAGUGUGAAGAUGCAAAGAGCAAAUUAAAAACUAGAAAACAGCAAUUAACAAAGUUUAUGGAAGACCAUGGCUUGAUAUUAAAGGCAGAGCCGGAGUCGAAUUAA